UCCGCCUCCGCCACGGCUCGUGGUCAUCCCGCCAUGGCACUAUCACGGGGGCUGCCCCGGGAGCUGGCUGAGGCCGUGGCCGGGGGCCGGGUCCUGGUGGUGGGGGCGGGCGGCACCGGCUGCGAGCUCCUCAAAAACCUCGUGCUCACUGGCUUCUCCCACAUCGACCUGAUUGAUCUGGAUACUAUUGAUGUCAGCAACCUCAACAGGCAGUUUUUGUUUCGAAAGAAACAUGCUGGAAGAUCAAAGGCCCAGGUUGCCAAAGAGAGUGUACUGCAGUUUUACCUGAAAGCUAAUAUCAUAGCCUACCAUGACAGCAUCAUGAACCCUGACUAUAAUGUGGAAUUUUUUCGACAAUUUAUAUUGGUUAUGAAUGCUUUAGAUAACAGAGCUGCCGGCAACCAUGUUAAUAGAAUGUGUCUAGCAGCUGAUGUCCCUCUUAUUGAGAGUGGAACUGCUGGUUAUCUUGGGCAAGUAACCAUUAUCAAAAAGGGUGUGACCGAGUGUUACGAAUGUCAUCCCAAACCAACCCAGAGAACUUCUCCUGGCUGUACAAUUCAUAACACACCUUCAGAAUCUAUUCAUUGCAUUGUCUGGGUGAAAUAUUUGUUCAACCAGUUGUUUGGAGAAGAAGAUGCUGAUCAAGUAGUAUCUCCUGACAGAACUGACCCUGAAGCUUCCUGGGAACCAAUGGAAGCCGAAGCCAGAGCCAGAGCAUCUAGUGAAGAUGGUGAAAUUAAACGUAUUUCCACCAAGGAAUGGGCUAAAUCAACUGGAUAUGAUCCAGUUAAACUUUUUACCAAGCUUUUUAAAGAUGAUAUCAGGUAUCGAUUGACGAUGGACAGACUAUGGCGGAAAAGGAAACCUCCAGUUCCAUUGGAUUGGGCUGAAGUGCAAACUCAAGGAGAAGAAACCGGUGCAUCAGAUCAACAAAAUGAACCCCAGUUAGGUCUGAAAGACCAGCAGGUUCUAGAUGUCAAGAGCUAUGAGUGUCUUUUUUCAAAAAGCAUUGAGACUUUGAGAGUUCAUUUAGCAGAAAAGGGGGAUGGAGCUGAGCUCAUAUGGGACAAGGAUGCCCCAUCUGCAAUGGAUUUUGUCACCUCUGUUGCAAAUCUCAGGAUGCAUAUUUUCAGUAUGAAUAUCAAGAGCAGAUUCGAUAUCAAAUCAAUGGCAGGGAACAUUAUUUCUGCUAUCGCUACUACUAAUGCAGUGAUUGCUGGGUUGAUAGUAUUGGAAGGACUGAAGAUUUUAUCAGGAAAAAUAGACGAGUGUAGAACAAUUUUUUUGAAUAAACAAGCAAACCCAAGAAAGAAGUUUCUUGUGCCUUAUGCGCUGGAUGCUCCCAACCCUAACUGUUAUGUAUGUGCCAGCAAGCCAGAGGUGACUGUGCGGCUGAAUGUUCAUAAAGUUACUGUUCUCACCUUACAAGAUAAGAUUGUGAAAGAAAAAUUUGCUAUGGUAGCACCUGAUGUCCAAAUUGAAGAUGGAAAAGGAAUCAUCCUAAUAUCUUCAGAAGAGGGAGAGACAGAAGCUAAUAAUCACAAGAAAUUGUCAGAAUUUGGAAUUAGAAAUGGGAGCCGACUUCAAGCAUUCCUUCAGGACUACACUUUAUUGAUCAACGUCCUUCACAGUGAAGACCUAGGAAAGGAUGUUGAAUUUGAAGUUGUUGGUGAUGCCCCAGAAAAAGUGGGGCCCAAGCAAGCUGAAGAUGCUGCCAAAAGCAUAACCAGUGGCAGCGACGACGGAGCUCAACCUUCUACAUCCACAGCACAAGAGCAAGAUGAUGUGCUCAUAGUUGAUUCGGAUGAAGAAGGUCCCUCAAAUAAUGCUGAUAUCAGUGAAGACGAAAGAAGUUGCAAGAGGAAGCUAGGUGAGAGAGUGUCAGUGCGAAAAGGUCACGCAUAGAGCAGGCAGAGGAGCUUGAUGAGGUUAUAGCAUUAGUUUGAACAGAAGUGCCUCUGAACGGAACCUCUUACUCCAUUAAGGCCUUCUGGGCAGAACCAGGUUAUUUGUUAUGUCCUUUGUUCCAAAGGGAAAAAAUUGACACCAGUGACUUGAAGAUGAUUCUGCUCCCUUUGAAAGCAUUCGUUUUGCUAGAACUAUUAGAAACAUUGCAGUCUGCUGUACUGAAAGUAGGAAUAUAGUUUUAAAACCCUUUGAACAAAGUGUGUGCAUAACCAGUCCAUGAGAUGAAACAACACAAUGCAUGUUGCCUUUUUAAUGUAAAUACCCUUAGGUAUCAUUUAACAGUUUUAAAAUAUUGUGGUUUAGUAAAGUUGAUACCUGGUUAUAAAUAUUAUGCCU